UGAACAGAAACUACAACUCCCACAAGCCACUGCGAACCCUUUCGGCCUCUUGCCCGCAGGCGAUCUCUCCGGCGUGCUUGCAGCUACGAAAAUGGCCGCAAGUAGCGGUGGCGGCGGCAGCGGCGGCGGCGCCGGGUCUGAGAGUAAUAUUCCGGAGUACGAGACCCCGGAGCUGAAUACUCGCGUGUUCCACGUGGGCUCCUUCGGGGCUCUCUGGAAAUCGGAGCUGCGGCCGGAAGACCUGUCUCUACAGGCGGCGGCGGCGGAUAGCGACGAGGCCGUGGCCGAAGAACUCAGUUGUCCGCCUGAGCUGGCCGCCGAGCUGAGGACGGUGUCCAGAGUUGAUGUAUUGAAGAUUUCUCAUAAGGAAGACACAGAAGUUAUACCUGAAGACACAAGCUUAAUAACUCUCAGCAUUAGACAGAAAGCUCUUGAAAGACGAGAAGAAACCAUCAUGAUAGAUCGUGCAUGUAGACAAGAAACAUUUAUUUAUGAGAUGGAGUCUCAUGCAAUUGGAAAGAAGCCAAAAGAUCUGGUAAACUUAGUCAAGGAGGGAGAGCUUGUUCUAACUCUCAAUAUUUUCUACCCUGUUAUAUUUCAGAAGCAUAAGCUCCGCAAACCGUAUCAGACAAUGUUAGUUCUUGGUAGCCAGAAACUUACUGAGCUGAGAGACGCUAUUUCCUGUGUCAGUGACCUUCAGAUUGGUGGAGAGUUCAGCAGUCAUCCUGAUCAAGCACCAGAAAACAUCAGCAAGGAUCUUUACAAGUCUGCCUUUUUUUAUUUUGAAGGCAUUUUUUAUGAUGAUAGACGGUACCCAGAAUGCAGAGACUUGAGCAGCACAAUUAUUGAGUGGGCAGAAUCUCGUGACAGAGGCUACACAAAUCUUCAGUCUACUAAAAUGGAAGACUACACGUUUAAUGACUUGAACGUUAAAAUCGGCUUUCCGUACCUUUACUGUCACCAAGGAGACUGUGAACAUAUUGUUAUCAUUACAGAUAUCAGGCUUAUUCAUCGAGAUGAUUGUCUGGAUAGGGGCCUCUAUCCCUUGUUAACCAAGAAACAUUGGCUGUGGACCAAGAAAUGUUUUGUAUGCAAAAUGUAUACAGCCAGAUGGGUGACCAACGAAGACAGCCUUGCUCCGCAGGACCCUUCUUUUUUUUGUGAUGUUUGUUUCCAAAUGCUCCAUUAUGAUACAGAUGGCAACAAAUUGGGAGAAUUCCUUGCCUAUCCUUAUGUUGACCCUGGGAUUUUCAACUAAGGGUCUAUUGAGAAGGAAGAUGACAAAUUGUGAUAGUCUUCAGUAGCUGCUAGAACAUGGACGAUCAAAAACUGCAGUUAAGCUGUGACCAAACAGUAUUUUUUUAGUCAUGCUUGUUUGUAUUUAUCUUGCCACCCAUUCAGAUAGUGACGGCAUACAGAAAGUACAGAUCAUGUUAAGUAUUAAAGCUGCAUGUGUGUGUGUA